AAAAAAAGAGAGAAAAAAUUAACAAAAGAAAUUAGCUCUAGGCAAAUUGAAAUUCAAGGGGGUUCUAUCUUUGAAGGGUUCCUCCUCCACUUCAAUUCAACCCAACCACCAUAUGACCAAACCCCCCACCCUCCCUCUUAUUGAAGGGAGGAGGAGGGGGUUUGAUUAUCUUUUGUUAAUUAAGUAUCAAUUAAUAUGCUAAGUCAGUUAGAUUUUUGCUUCCAAGUUUUAAUCUUUCCAUCUAACUUCUAUCUCAUCUUCCAUAUAUGUGUGUGUGCGCCCAUAUUCUUGUCUCACCUCCGCACUCCAUCCUCCCCUCUUUUUCGUUCCUUUCUCUCUCUCUCCAUCUCUUUCCUCCCUUUUUAUCUGUUUCUGUUGGAAACUUCUGUGUUGCUUUUUCUUGCAUCUCUCCCUUUUCUCUUCUGCAAGCAGCGACAUAUGGCAGAUUGCGGCAGAGGAGAGAGCUACGGUUCUUCCCAAGAACAUGAGGAUGCCUCGUCGGAGAAGAAGUAUGGGGGACUCAUGCCCAAGAAGAAGCCUUUGAUUACAAAGGACCAUGCAAGAGCCUUCUUUGAUUCAGCAGACUGGGCAUUGUGCAAGCAAGGAGCUGCCAUGAAUCAAGAAUCCACAGUGCCCAUGGAGACAUUGCGUCCGAAAUUACAGAGAACGCCGCACCAGCAGCUCCCCCCUCGAAGACCCGCUUGUACGUCGGGUCGAGAUAGUCCGGCCGAAUGAAAUUUCCGGGUUCUCAAGGAGAGGAGAAAUGGAAUCACAAGUUUUUCUCUUGUAGAUUGUAUGUACAUUGAAAUCAGAUGGACAUGUUUAUGUGGCCAUUGAGUGGAAGCUUGGUUGAGUUCUUUGAUAGUUCCUUCUCAUUUCUUCUACUUCCUAUUAUGCACAUGUAUAUACGGGUGUAGUACGACAAUGUGAGAGAGAUAUUACUAGGCAAAAUGAUGUUAUCGACACUAUAACUAUCGUAUGACGUUCACUUUGGUGCCAAAA